AUGGACGAACAGUUUGGCGGUCGAACCGACGAUGACCUGUUUGCCGACGAUUUUGAGCCCGUCCAGCCCGUCCAGCCCGUCCAGCCUCUGUCGCAGGCGGCUCCCCAGCCGGUGCAAUCGGCCGCUGCUGCGACAGAACCUGUCGCUCCAUCCUCAGCGAUACCCUUAACCGCAGCCUCGAGUACUCCCAAAGCCACGGCGAAGAACAGCGGAAAUGGCGGUCAUGGAGGUGCAGAUACACCCAAUGGCGCCGGUGGAAACGGCUCGCGACGCAACCGCGAUCGCAAAUCUACAGGCAACGGUGGCGGCAAUACGAACGGCAUCCAAAACCAAAGCCAAAACCAGAGCCAAAACCAGAGCCAAAACAAGAGCCAAAAUCACAACCAUAGCAAUGGCCACGGCAAGACGGGCGGUGCACAGAAAGCGCAGGGAGUAACCCCUGCCGCGCCGGCUGCCGGUAGCUCGACGGGCGCCACGCCGGCCACGAAUACGCCCGAGCCAUCCAAGGCCGCUGCGCCGCCGCCGUCUCUUGCCCAGUCACGGCACAACCGGCCACCAACGCCGCCAGCGCCGCCAGCAACAGAAACACAAGUAGCAACACCGGCAGCAGCAUCGGCAUCUGCCACGACCAACACCGCUGCGUCAACUGCCGCUCCCGCACAACAACCCAAGCCAAAACGGGGGGACAAGAACAGGAGAGCUGGAGGCAAUGGCAAUGCGCAAGGGAAGGACAAGGACAAAGACGUACAAGGCAAGGCAUCGCCGGCACCGGCGAAGAAUGGACAGCAGCAGCCGCCAUCUGGCGAGCCGCAGCCAAACCAAAAGCAGCACGACAAGCCACACCCGAGGCAAAAGCAAGGGAAGCCGCCGCAGCCGCAGCAGCAGCAGAAGCAGACACAAACAGCCAAUACGAAUGCAGGUACCACCAAGAACGACAGCCGCGCAGGAACGCCCGCUGCUGGCACGGGGCCACCGACGACCGGAACCAAGACGACGAACAAAUUUACCAUCAAAGGCGCAGCCGCCGCCGAAGCUGCAGCCAAAGCGGCCAACGCGGCCAACGCGGCCAGCCACACCGCCAAUGGCACCACAUGCACCCCGCCCCCGCCUGCCCCCAACACGCGCACGCAGUCCGGCGCCAACCCCCGCCAGAAACUCACCGAGGCCGAGCUCGACUCCAAGCUGAGCGCCAUGCGCCUGGCCUCCCAGGAAAAGACGCGCCGCUUCGAACAGGCCCAGCGCGACGAGCGCGACCACGACCUUGCGGUGGCCAAGGGCCGCGAAGAGGCCCGCCGCCGCAAGCAGCUCGAGGACGAGAAGCGCCGGCGCAGCGAAGAAGACCGCAAGCGCCAAGACGACGAGCGCGCGCGCAACCGCGACCGCAAACUAAAGGCCAUGGGCGUCAAGGAGGGCAACUGGGACGAGGGCAAAGACGGCAGCACCAGCAACAAAAACAACAACAACAACAUCAACAACGAUCCGUCCCAUGCCGGCGGCAAGGGCGCGCGGUACGCCGGCCUCUUGCCCAUUGCCAAUGCGUCGGCGGUCACGGCCAAACCAGAGCCGUCGCCGACGAACGGUGGUGGACAAGGCGGUGGUCGUGGCCGGAGUGGACGGGGUCGGGGUGGACGCGGUGAACGGGGCGGCGGGCGUCGUAGAGGUGGCGGUGGCGGUGGUGGUGGCGGCAGCCACAAUGGCCGCAUCCAAUUUAACGAUGCCGGUAGCAUCGGCGCCGACAUUGCCGAGUGGGUCCAUGGCACCGCCGAGCCGUCCAGCAUGGCCCCGCCGCCCAGCCCCGGGCCCAGCGACAGCGUGUUUCCGUCCUUGCCCGGCGCAAGCGGGGCAGAUGGGCAGGUUGCUGCACGCCCUGCCGGGAAGGCGGAGAAGACGUAUGCCGAACGGGCGGCCGAGAGCGUUGCCAAGUCCGCCGAGGCCGCGCAGACGGAGACGCCCGACACCACCGACGGGAAAAAGAAGCUCAACUUCCCGCCCCUGCCCAGUCUGCAGCCUCUCUCGCCCGCCAUUGGCACCUGGGACGAAGAGGUCGAAGAGGCCAUUGGCAACGGCACUGUCUAG